ACUUUCACGAGCAGUGGCGCAGACCGUGUGUCAGCGUAGUGUUCGUGCGAACUGUUCAGCGACGAAAUGUUAUCGGCACGGGUCUCCGAUCAGCGACCGUCAACAGCGUCGACAACGCAAGGCGACCUUGGAGCGCAAGGCUAGCUGUCCAUUGAGGGAAGAGCAGUGUCACUGGACGUCAGUACUUUUUCGAAGACACUGCCAUGUAAAAGUGGCCAAUAGCCUUUUGAUAAACCCUGGUAUGGUUUGCUGUGGGCGGAUUGCCUAUGGCCGACCAACCUAACAGCCAGUCAGGGGGGUUAAAGAAGCCACAGUCUCUCGUCGGGACACGGUCUCCCAUACAAACCAGGUCCCGCACACGCACCUUGGCUCACUGUGACAGCUACCCGUCAACCCACAACGGAAUUGCAUUGGACGCUCAACAGCCACCAGCUCAGCCACCACCACAGCAGCAACCGCAGCAGCCGGACCAGCCGCCUAGCAGCGCAGUGAAGCGCAACCUUGAUUCUGACGACGCACCCCAGCAGCACAAGAAGCUCAAGAGUCACUUCAGGCCUUGCAGGGGCCACGGGGGGGAUCGGCCGGAGAAGGGUUGCGCCCUGGAGAGCGGGGCGGCGGGGGGCCGGGCCAGCAAGGGGGGCGGCGGGGCCCGGGGGGCAGCCAGCAGCGGCAAGGCGGCCACCACGGGGUCGUGUGCCAGUAGCAGUGGCAGCGGCAGUCGGCGGCGUUCGUGCCGGGGGGCCAAGCUGGCCGGGGGGGCACCCUCGGGAGGAGGCCCCAUGGACCAAGGGGCCGCCUCCUCCUCUUCCUCCAACCAUCACUUGCCGCCACCUGAUGCCCAGCCACCCGCUGCCAGUAGAGUUGGUAACAGCUCAGGCACAGCAGACAGCGAAUCUGAUGACAACGAGAUGGGAAGAUUGCAAGCCCUGCUAGAAGCCAGAGGCUUGCCUCCUCACUUGUUUGGCGCCCUUGGUCCACGCAUGCAGCACUUCCUGCACCGGUCUAUCGGCAGCAGUGCCAGCAGCCGAGCACAGCAGCUGUUGGCAGGGUUGCAGUGUGGCGAGGAGGGUCAGCAGUUGCAGGCCACCAUGGAGAUGUGCCAGCUUUUGGUCAUGGGCAACGAGGAUACCCUGGCAGGAUUCCCCGUCAAACAGGUGGUGCCUGCCCUGACAGCUCUGCUGGCUCUCGAACACAACUUUGACCUCAUGAACCACGCCUGCCGUGCGCUCACCUACAUGAUGGAAGCCCUGCCUCGCUCUUCAGCCGUUGUUGUCGACGCACUGCCGGCGUUCCUCGAGAAGCUCCAAGUCAUACAGUGCAUGGAUGUUGCUGAACAGUCCCUUACUGCACUUGAGAUGUUGUCUCGGCGGCAUAGCAAAGCUAUCCUGCACGCGCGUGGAGUGUCGGCCUGCCUCACGUACCUGGACUUCUUCUCCAUGAGUGCUCAGCGGGCUGCACUGACGGUGGCUGCCAACUGCUGCCAGAGCCUGACAGCCGACGAGUUCCCCUUGGUGGGGGACUCUGUAGCGCUGUUGAGUGGGCGCCUCUCGCAUGGCGACCGCAAGUCGGUCGAGUCGGCCUGCUUGGCCCUGGCGCGCCUGGUGGACUGUUUGGCGGCUCACGGGCCCCUUCUCCAGGAGGUUGCUGCCCAAGGGUUGCUACCAGCUGCACAGGGCCUCCUUGCCCUCUCACCACCUCCAGUAUCAUCGGCCACAUUUGUAAUGGUGGUCCGCAUGUUGGCUGUUCUCUGUGCCGCCUGCCCACAUCUUGCAGUCCAGUUGCUGAACAACAACAUUGCCGAGACACUGCGCUUUCUUCUCAUGGGCAACUCGGAUCCUCUAGGAGAUGAUAUAGAGUUCUAUGUAUUUCUGCCUCCAAUGACUCAGCUUGUUCCAAGGAGUCCUCAAGAGCUGUACGAGAUAACAUCGCUGAUAGCAGAGCUAAUGCCAGUGCUGCCUCAGGAUGGAAUCUUCGUGGUGGACUCGCUCCUAGUGAAGCCAAAUGCUCACCAAACUGAUGCGGUGCUGUGGAAGUGGAGAGAUGACAGAGGGCUUUGGCACCCAUACUCUUCCAUUGACUGCAAAAUCAUUGAGGCGGCUCACCAGUCGGGUGAGGACGAGAUCAGCCUCUCCACGAUGGGCAAGACUUACACUCUUGACUUCAACUUGAUGCAGCAGAUCAAUGAGGACACUGGUACUGCACGACCUGUGCAGAGGGUCACCAACCAGGGCAUGGCACAAAUGCUGUCGGGCGGCGCUUCAGCAACCGCAACGGGAGCAUCCUCGUCUUCUCCUUCGUCUUCCUCCUCUUCGCCGUCACAAAGUGGCGGAGGGGCCGCUGCCGUGGCAGCUGACCCACGUGCCAUGUGGCUUCGCGAGCAGAGCCACGCUGGGGGCCGGGCGUUCCUUGGAGCCCUGUUUGGUGCUCUGCACGAGGUGUACAGCAGCUCUGCGGGACCUGCGGUGCGGCAUCGCUGCCUGCGGGCACUGCUGCGCAUGGUGCACUGUGCCCCAGCACCACUCCUGGCAGAGGUGCUGCGAUCCCAACUUGUUGCGUCUCACCUGGCAGCCAUGCUCUCCUCUCAAGACCUCCACGUUGUGGUGGGUGCCCUACAGAUGGCCGACAUCUUGAUGCAGAAGCUGCCUGAGGUGUUUGGGGUGCAUUUUCGGCGGGAGGGUGUCAUGCACAGAGUGAAGCAGCUGGCUCAGGAAGAAGUGUCCACAGCUAGUGGGGAUAAUACAUCUGGUUCAUCCAAGUUUGCCGAGGAUUCCUCUGCACUGGCCAGCUCUAGCCGUGAUGGCCACACAGCUGCCACCAUGCUCUGGGGCGCACUGUCCUCCUCCUCAGCUGGUCACCUGCCACCUAUGAACAAUUCUGGGGACAGUGACCACUUCAGUAUGGGUGCCGCCAGUGCUCAGAUGCGACUAAGUGACGUGCUGAAGCGCAAGCGGGCAGCCAAGCGGAGCAAUGCCUCGAGCCGCAAGGUGCGCACGGAGGAGGGACCCCGCAGUGGGGAGAAUCCACCCCUGGGCCCCAGCGGCCGGCGUUCCGUGCGCUCCGUGCGGGACAGCCCGUUCUCGCUGCCACCACCACCGCCAGAGGGCGCUGCCAGCCCAGCCAGCAGCACGUCCCUCUCACCGAGUGGCGGCACAGCCGGGGGAUCAGCCGGAAGCGCAACCACGACAUCGCGAGGCGCUGGGGGCCGGUUGAGUUCUGCGGCAGCCCGCACCACAUCGUUCCUGGCCAGCCUCAACCCGAGCCGCUGGGGUCGCUGGGCCAACCCACCCCUUGUGGGACACCUCAGCAGCCAGGAGUAUCCCAUGGAAGUGAAGUCCAGCAUGGGGUCAUUUUCUGGAAAUAAAGAGAAGAUAAAGCUUUGGAUUCAUGAUCAAGCCAAGCGGUUUGAUGACAAGCACUUUACAUCUGACCAGGGAAGCUCUCAUCCUGCUCUGAACACAUUAAAUCGUCUCCUAGCUUCUUUAGAACACCUAGACACUUUGACAAACCAUGGACUUCAGGCACUGCAGGAGAUUCGUGCAGUGCUUCUUGAAGGGGAUGUCUCAUCAUUUGAGGUCAUCCACAGUGGCCUUGUGAGUCGCCUGCUCAGCUUCCUUACAACAGCCAAUUGCCAUCGGGACGACCGGUUACGCACCUUUCUCCAGGUUUUCCUGCACACCCCACAGUACAAUCCGGAUGUGGUGUAUGACCACGUGAUUCCGUCUCCGGGCCCACUGAGCGCCUUGGUGCAGAAGCUCAAUGCCUGCGUGAGCCAGCUGGAACAGUUCCCAGUCAAGGUACAUGAUCUUCCUGGUGCUGUUGGAGGUGGCCGAGGCACUUCCGCACUCAAAUUCUUCAACACCCAUCAGCUCAAGUGCAACCUUCAGAGGCAUCCAUCCUGUUCUAACCUGCGGCAGUGGCGAGGGGGACCUGUGAAAAUAGAUCCCUUGGCACUGGUCCAGGCCAUUGAACGGUACCUGGUAAUCCGGGGCUACGGGAGGAUACGAGAUGAAGAUGAUGGUGGUAGUGAUGAAGAGAAUUCUGAUGAAGACAUUGAUGAUACUAUGGCUGCCAUGAUGAUAAACCAAGGCCAAGCACGGCAUAAACUGCAGUUCCUUAUUGGGGACCACCCGCUACCGUAUGGCAUGACUGUGUACCAGGCCAUCCGGCAGUACAGCGGUGCAAGCCCUGAUGGCCAGGAAACGGACACAGACUCUGAAAACCCCAUGGGUUAUGCCAACAUCUGGGUGCAAACCCAUACCAUUUGGUACCGUCCUGUUCCUGAGGAUGAUCGUAGCGGAGCAGCCUCAAGUUCAAGUCGAGCAGGCCAGUCGUCAUCGGCACCAAGCCUUUCUAGUCGCCGGAACAAAAGCUCCUCUGGCUCCAAAUCUGCUGCCAAAAAGAAAGAUGAUCUCUGGAAUGAAGGUGUAGUACCCGAGACUGCCUCACUGCUGCACCAGCACCUGAGCUCAACGUUGCCAGAGUCGGUCACUAUUCAAGAUCCGUCUUUGCCUGUGAUUGCACUGCUCAGGGUUGUCUAUGCCCUGUCACAGCACUGGGGUUAUCUUUAUGAGCUUCAUUCUUACCACCCUGCACUUCCAAGAUCAGAGUUUGUCAACAGCAAGCUUACAGCCAAAGCUAAUAGGCAGCUGCAGGACCCGCUUGCCAUCAUGACAGGGAACAUCCCCUCCUGGCUCACUCAAGUUGCCUAUGCCUGCCCGUUCCUGUUUCCAUUCGAGACUCGUCACCUCCUCUUCUACACAACGUCAUUUGACCGAGACCGUGCCCUGCAGAGGCUACUAGACAUGACUCCGGAUCUCUCUGGGUCAGACAACAGUGAAAGGGUCACCCCGCGGUUAGACCGGCGAAAGAGGACGGUUGCUCGAGAUGACCUUCUAAAGCAGGCUGAGGUGGUCAUGCAAGACCUUGGUAGCUCAAGGGCACUGCUGGAAAUUCAGUAUGAAAAUGAGGUUGGCAGUGGUCUUGGACCCACACUGGAGUUCUACGCACUAGUCUCCAGGGAACUGCAGCGGUCAGACCUGGAUAUGUGGAGAGGAGAAACAGUGUCAGUUCUCAAAGGUGGUGAGGAGCCAGUGAGGUAUGUGCACAGUCCGUGUGGGCUGUUCCCACUGCCCCUUGGCAGGAAUGCCAAGGUGGGCCAUGUGAGCAAGGUUCGCUCCCGCUUCAAGUUGUUAGGCAAGUUUGUGGCCAAGGCACUCAUGGAUUCGCGCAUGCUAGACCUGCCACUCUCGCUGGCCAUGUACAAGUGGAUGCUGGGCCAUGAGGGUUCACUUUCCCUGGCUGACAUGGAAUCGAUUGAUCCAGGCCUGGCACAAUCCCUACGACAGCUCCACCAGGUUGUGCAGGAGAAGCGAAGAAUAGAGCGUGAUCGCAGCCUCAGCCCCGCAUGCGUGCGCCGGCGGGUGGAGGCCCUGCAGCUGGACGGCUGUCAGGUGGAGCUCCUGGGACUGGACUUCACACUGCCAGGUGGCGGCCAGAUAGAGCUGCGGAGAGGUGGAGCCCAGAUGGGAGUCACCGUGCACAACCUGGACCAGUACCUGGUCCUGGCCGUUCACUGGGCUGCCCUGGAGGGCGUGCGCCGGCAGAUGGAGGCCUUCCGCGAGGGAUUUGAGGCAGUCUUCCCCCUGGCACAGCUCACUCUCUUCUACGCUGAUGAGCUGGAGCAGCUCUUCUGUGGCAGUGGUCCCAGCCUGUGGGAUGUGAAGAGCCUGAUGGAGUGCUGCCGGCCUGACCAUGGCUACACUCACGACAGCCGUGCCAUCAAAUUUCUCUUUGAGAUCCUCAGCAGCUACAGGCCUGAGGAACAGAGGGCGUUCCUCCAGUUUGUUACCGGAUCUCCUAGGCUACCUGUUGGAGGAUUCAAGAGCCUGAGUCCACCACUGACCAUAGUGCGGAAGACCUUUGAGCCUAACGAGAAUCCCGACGACUAUCUGCCCUCUGUGAUGACCUGUGUCAACUACCUGAAGCUGCCAGACUACUCGGACGUUAGAGUGAUGCGCGAGCGACUGCACGUGGCCUCCAGCGAGGGCCAGCACUCGUUUCACCUCUCCUGAGGGGCACUGCUUGGUGCCUGUUGCCCUACCAGGACUUGGGACAUUAGGGGGGGCAACCAGGAGAGGAGGGAGAGCGAUGUGACGGUGGGGAAACACCACUGGCGACCCCCGUCUUCUAGCCUCUGGACGCUGUGCUUGCUACGCUCCCCUACACCUCCAUUUUUGUACUUUUUAUUUGCUGCCCGAGCAUUCUUCAUUACAGUGUCUAUGUGCGCCUUGGUGUGCAGUGUUUCACUUAUCCUGUACACCCAGUGGGAAGAAAGCACCCCCCCUCUUGAGAGCGGAGGAUAGCCACAAAAGCCGUUGGGUCAUUGUGGAAUUGCUGAAGAUAACGCAUCUCACGAGAGCUGCAUGAUGUUGAAUCUUCACAAUACCUGUAUUCUGCUACAUAUCUGGGAACUUCUUUUUGUGCUUUCCCCCACCCUUUUUCUUCUUGCUUGUUUUGUUCAGGUUGUUGAGCUGUUAUUGUUCAUACAUAGCAUUUCAGUGGCCACUUGCCUUUUUUUUUUUGAGCUGCAGUCACAAAAAAAAUUAUUCGUUUUUUUUAAUGUGUCGAGGAUGUUGCCUCUUAAAAGGCUUGUAAGGACUGCAUGUGUCACUGCAAAAGUUUGCAGCGGCAUCUGCUUGUGGCAAGGCAUGCUGUGGCUGCUUUCAUUUGUCUGGCAUCAACAUUUGUGCAACUCAUUUUUCUCAUUACUUUUUUUUUUUUUUGUUCCAUGCUGUAAAGAAUGUGGCAAAUUUUUGCUUCCCUUGUUGCACAUCAUCAAGCCUUGGUAUUAGUGCCUUGGUUGUCUCUCCUCUCCUCAGACGCACUUUUUUGGUGGCCGCGACUGCAAAUAGCCAAUGUGGCUGUGGUGCGUGCGCUCCAUAUCGACAGGCCAGCAGCGGUUGAAGAUGAAUGGCAUGUCGUGACAGCCAGAGAAUAAGCAGACUGCUAUGGACAGUGGCUUGUGCCUGUGCGUGCGUGUGUUAAACAUGCUGCUAUGUGCUCUUUUUUUUUUAUGGUUGAGAGAGAGUGAGAGAAUCUUGAUGUUCCAUGUUCCAUUUGAGGAAAAAGGAGAACCCCGCACCCCCUUUUUUCUUGUCUUUUAAUUAGUUAUAAGUUAAUGGAGCACACAAAGGAAGCCUGUAAAUGAGUUGGAACAAUAAAAGGAUACUUGAACUGUG